AUGGCUUCCUUUAAGCCUCAGGAUGCCAUUGACCCGGCAGACGAACACUUGCCAGAAUCCCGCAACGAUCGUCAGGACUCCACGGCAUCCGCGGCCAAGAUCGUUCAUAAUGCGAAAGCCGCGACAGAUAAGGAGCAGCAGAUGACCCUGUUGCAAGGCAUCAAACUUUACCCGAAAGCUGUCGCGUGGAGUGUUUUCAUCUCUACUUGCAUAGUCAUGGAAGGUUACGACAUCAGUCUGGUCAACAAUUUCUACGCUUUUGAUCAGUUCAACAAGAAGUACGGCGAGCUAACGGCAGAUGGGACAUAUGAAGUACCGGCUCGGUGGCAAGCAGGUCUGAGCAACGGUGCAUACGUCGGAGAAAUCAUUGGGCUUUUUAUCAAUGGAUGGGCUUCGGAACGGUUCGGAUACCGCCCUACUAUGAUCGCAUGUCUCAUCUUGAUCACUGCGUGGACUGCCAUCUUUUUUACCGCACCAAACGUUCAAGCAUUACUCGCCGCCGAAAUCCUCGCCGGUAUCCCCUGGGGUGUCUUCCAAACACUCUCGGUCACAUACGCAUCAGAGCUGAUUGGUAUCGGUGUAAUCAUGGGAAUGAUCGACCGGACUGAUGAGUGGGCAUAUCGAAUCCCGUACGGCUUGCAAUGGAUGUGGCCGGGACCCCUACUCAUUGGAAUCCUCCUGGCCCCUGAGUCGCCGUGGUGGCUUGUGAGGAAAGGCAAAACGCAGGAAGCCAAACGAGCCCUUCAACGGUUAACUAACGCGAAACGAGACCCCGACUUCGAUCCAGACGAAACCAUUUCCAUGAUGGUUCAUACCACAGCACUCGAAGCUAAGAUUACGCGAGGUGCUAGCUACUUCGACUGCUUCAGAGGAACCGAUCUACGGAGAACGGAGAUCGUUUGCAUGGUAUGGGCAAUUCAGAAUCUGAGCGGUAACUCCUUCUCCAAUUAUUCCACAUACUUCUUAAAGCAGGCUGGCUUAGCCACCAAUACAUCCUAUGCUUUUGCCAUGGGGCAAUACGGUAUAAAUAUGGUGGGCGUUUUCGGGGCAUGGUUUCUCAUGACUCUGGGAAUCGGUCGCAGAACUCUUUACCUGUACGGACUUUGCGGUCUCUGUGUCAUGUUGCUUGUCAUGGGCUUCCUCGGUCUGGUUCCAGACUCACAUCGGGACCAAUCAUCUCUCGCGACAGGCGCCAUGAUGCUUGUCUGGGCUCUGUUCUACCAAUGCACUGUUGGAACAGUUGCAUACUCCCUGGUCGCCGAACUCUCAACCCGCCGAUUGCAAAUCAAAACCGUGGUCCUUGGCCGCAAUCUCUAUAAUAUUGUCGCCAUUGUGUGCGGUGUCCUGACCCCAUAUAUGCUCAACCCAGAGGCUUGGGACUGGAGUAAUUUCGCGGGUUUCUUCUGGGGUGGAAUAUGCUUCCUGUGUGUCAUUUACACUUACUUCCGCGUCCCGGAGCCCAGGGGUCGCUCCUUUGCUGAGCUGGACCUUCUCUUUGAACGGGGUGUUAGCGCACGCAAGUUCGCUAGCACCCAAGUGGAUGUCUUCGACGAAACCAUUGAAGACCAGGUGGUGAAAGACUAUCAAACACAAAAGUCGGCCACAACCGACGUGGCUCAAUUAGAGAAGCAAGCUGGGUCAUCAUGA